AUGCAAUUCCUCUCAAAGAUCAUCUUGAUUGGCCUCGGCCUCACUGGCAUUUCCAAUGCCCUUCCAGCCCCCACUGAGACUGGCUCAUCGCCCGCUCUCAGAACUGGCUACUUGGCACCUCCGCCAGGUCUCGAUACCUCUAAGCACAAAACUCCACCAAAGGGAUUUGUCCCACCAAAGGUUGUCGUGGAUGUCUCCCCAGCGGAUAAGGCUAGCCUCCAAAAGCGUCAAUCCGACCCAUACGUCCACGUCGUUCUCUGCGAUAAUUGGUACUUCGGAGGUCAAUGUGAUGACUAUACCAUCAGCCCAAACGGACAACCUUGGAUUUUGAGCUGGUUCGGAAACAUGAACGAUCGCACCAGCAGCUUUAAGGUCUACACCAAUGGUAAUCCGGGCAAAGUUUGCCAAUUGUAUCUUGAUUAUUAUUAUGAUUCUUACGGUAAUUUGAAGUGUUCUGGAUCCUUUUUCGAGGUUGGCGCUACGACUUAUAACUGGGGAUAUAAUGAUGCGUUGCAAGGAGGUUUGAAUGAUGCUAUCAGCUGUGGUCUCUGCUGGAGCUAUUAA